ACCACAGAACAAUCUGUUACAAUGGUACUAAGUACAACAAACUGUUGUCGCUUAUGCGCGAAGAUGGAAACACAGCCGUUGAUGCAUUCGCUAGAGUCGUUAAAAAGCACCGAAGAAAUGAUACAAUUGCUAGAUUUUUGCCUCCAUCAUCAGGCUGAUUUAAAGCGAAAUGAUUCCUUGCAGUUCAUACCAACAGCUGUUUGCGAUACGUGUGUGGAUGUUGUAAAAUACCUUGCCAAAUUUGUUCACAAUUGCCGAAGAGCUCAACACAAACUGCAGCAACUCGUAUCAUCCGAGAUGUGCGAUUCAACAGCUUUCGACGUUCACCACGAGACUUCCAAUCACUACAACGACAAUGCUCCAUCGAUCGAAACCGUGAUCGUUGGUGAUAAUCUUUUGGAUAUUGCUGUAAUGGAGCAAGACGAUAAUGUAGAAAUUAAAGUUGAAACAGUUUAUUGUCCGGGAGCACUUCCAACAAUCGGUAAUGGUAGACAACCUGGUCGGCGAACAAUCGAAACAACUGACGAUACAAAAGUAGAAAACACUGAUCGUGAAAAAGAAAGUACAAUUGGCGCCUCGUAUCUGCAUACAAAAAAAUAUUCGGGAGCAUCUAAAUCAGGAAGAAGUAAUGUUGCUCCAUACACAUCGGAUGUAGAUGUGCCAGCAGAAAAACAAAACAAACGAACGACCGCCGACCAACCGCCGCCAUCGAGAUGCAAGCAGAUCUGCCAAAUUUGUGGCAAAGUACUCUCAAACAGUGCAACAUUCCGGGUGCAUAUGAAGAUGCACUUGCAGGACAAGAACUUGGUGUGUCGUAUCUGCAAUCGGCGGUUCUACGUUAAGCAGGAGCUAAAGGUUCACAUGGAAUCGAUUCACGAGCAAAAAGAGUUCGCUUGCAGUAUCUGUGGUCUGAAGUGUCGUUGGCGCAAGAGCUUGAGUCGGCACAUGCAACUACACGAAGAAAACCCUUAUAAACACAAGUGCAACCACUGCGGACAGGCUUUCGCACGUCCCCAUCAAUUGCGGAUCCACGUAAUGAAGCACACCGGAGACAGAGUAUACUGUGAAGAGUGUGGCACCGGUUACAGGCACAAUUACAUGCUAACACAACACAAAAUUCGCAAACACGGUCACGUGAUAGAGGGCGUACAGUUGUACAAAAUAAGUCGAAAAAAGAUAAAGGGCACACAAAACAAAGCGAAUGCGUCACAACAGCUCGAUGAAUAAGAAGUGAAAAUUAGAACAAGCUCGACAACGGUUUAUUGAACAUUGUUGAAAUUUAACACCUGUCGGUUUACGGAAAAAAACUUUGAAACGAUUGAACUAUUGUAGUAACCAUUAGUGAAUUAGACACAUUUAAAACUCCGAAACCAAUAUUGUUAGACCUCGGCUUUUUGCGAUUUCGCCAAAAAUGACUUACAGCACCGUACACAUUGCACGUAGCACUGUUCGAAUCCUUCCGAUCCGUUGUCGUAGUAAGGAUCACGUAUAAUUGCUCCGGGUUGUUGAGGAUCGAAGUCGCCGAGUAACAAAAUUUUAGCUUUGCACUCUACGCGCGGUGCCCGCUCCUUAAGGUCUGUUAUGUUUUCUCCAUCCAUGCCAAAAAUGUAGUCGUAAUGGUCAAAGUCCGCUUUCGUAAUCUGGCGCGCUUUGUUGCUGUACGGAAGAUCAUGUUUUUUCAUAGUUGCCAAUGCUCGAUGGUCGGGAGAGCGGCCUACAUGCCAGGAUCCGAUGGCUGCACUGUCUACCUCCCACUGGUCAGCAACACCAGCUGCGUUAAUGAUCUUAAGAAACACCGCUUCAGCGAUUGGCGAUCGGCAAAUAUUACCUGCAAAACAAAUAUUCUGAAUAUAGUUUGUGUUGGAUAGGCUUCGUGUUAAAAGUAGUAUUCGCCGCUCGAUACUCCAAACUGCGUAGUUCAACAAACGAAAUCUAGCAUACCGAGACAAAUAAACAGUGCUUUUUUCCCGUCGCUCAUGGUAAUCAGCAAAACAGCAAUCAGAAUCUUCUUGUGCAAUAACGCUACGGAAACACAAAAAAUUAGCGAAUAAAAUAUGAGAAUCACAAAA